UUGAUUUUCUAAAAAAUGAUUUCCUAAAAAUACAAUGACAAAAGCAAAAGAAAGCAUGGAGAACAAGGAGCCGACGGCUAAAAUUGAGUCGUCUGGUACUCACACAAGAAAGUGCAUGGUGUACUUGCUUAAUGGACAAGAAUUUCAAUGCAAUGUACAGAGAAAUGCAAAUGGAUCACAACUUCUUCAGCAGAUUCGUGAAUUAUUGGAUAUAAUUGAAUUUGAUUAUUUUGGAUUAUAUUUUGAAGAUUCAGCGCAUCAUAAAUACUGGCUCGAAUCCGAAAAAUCAAUUAAAAAACAAUUGAAAAAUAGCCCAUGGAAGUUUAAUUUGUCUGUCAAAUUCUAUCCGUCUGACCCUUCACAGCUGGCGGAAGAUGUAUCAAGAUAUUACAUGGUGCUUCAAUUGAGAGAUAAUAUUGUUUCUGGAAGGUUACCGUGCUCAUUUGUCACUCAUGCUCUCCUCGGAUCAUUUGUUGUGCAAUCUGAGCUUGGAGAUUAUGAUGAGUCAGUUAUGAAAGGAAACUAUGUUUCUGGAUUUCAAUUUGCUCCAAAUCAAACCAAUGCAUUGGAGGACAAAGUCAUUGAACUUCACAAGACUCAUAAGGGUUUGACUCCAGAAGCGGCAGAAUUAGCUUUCCUAGAAAAUGUGAAGAAACUUCCACUCUAUGGCGUGGAUUUGCAUGCAGUCAAGGAUUCUGAAGAUGUUGAUCUUAUGCUCGGAGUAAGCUGGAGUGGAUUAAGAGUAUACAGGGACCAAGUACAAAUCAGUCGCUUUGCAUGGCCAAGAAUCCUAAAAAUAUCAUAUGUUAGGACCAAAUACUACGUCAGAAUGAGACCAGUUGAUGACCAAGCCGCAGAAAGCGUAAUUGGAUUCAAGCUGCCCAAUCACAGGGCUGCAAAAAAGUUGUGGAAAUCGAGUGUUGAGCAUCAUACAUUUUUCAGAAUGACCAGACCUGAAAUACCAAAAAGUAAACUAAUUCGAACUGGAUCGACCUUUAGAUAUCACGGUCAAACUCAACACCAAACCAGAAAAAUUGUUGCGACAACGACUCGUAAAAACGUUCCAAAAAUACAAAGAACAGCAAGCAGACGAUCGUAUGUGGGAAGUGACAAAUCAAGACAGAAUAAAACGUCAACAAGUGAUGGUGCUUCACCACCUGAGCUACCAAAAAAAGAACACACAACCACAACUACAACCGAAGUUGUAACUGUUACUGAGGAAAUUAUUACAGAAAAAGCAAAGGAACCCCCAAAACCAAAAACAGAAGUUAUAGAAGAAGUAACAACCACAGAAGAAACUGUUGAAAUUCAGGUUGUAAAGUCGCAGAGAUCGGAAGCCUCCAAGUCUCGUACUUCUUCGUCUUCAUCUUUGUCGAGUAGCGAUGACGGGACAGACAGACUCACAAGGCAUCAAAGAAAAGUCCACAAAAUGAAACAGGAUGAUGAACUGGUUGAAACGACCACCGAGAAGGGUAAAUUUUUGCAAGAACCACCCCCUGGUAGUAAUGGCUCUUCAGAAUGGGAUGUGAGGUUGCAAGCCUCGCCAACUAAAUAUACGGAUGCCAGUACUGAAUCAACACCAAAUGAUGAAGAAAAAAUUGAAGAUGAGAUCGAAACACAGGACCGCCAUCAUGUUACUACCACAGUUGUUACUACUAUCACUACAGAAGUUGUUCAAGAUAGUUCUACUAAAGAUGAAAAAGAAGAAUCGUCAUCUUCUAGUAGCGAGGAGGAACAGGAGGAGAAAGAAGUUUCUGAAGAGAAGAAGCCUUUGCCAGAUUUUGUGCCUGUUGUUGAGCCCGUUACUGCCGAUAGCUCAAGCUCAAGUUCAUCGGAAUCUGAUGAAGAGAAGGAAGAAGAACCAGAGGAUUUUGAUUAUAAACAAGAAACUGAAAAGCUUGUAGAUCACGAAACAGAGCAUAAUUUCUCUGCAACAACCACAGUAGUUCACACUGAAUAUCAUGUCACAGAAACUGUCAUCAAAAAUCCUCAUGUUGAAGAGGAUGCUCCUACUCAUGCUCAAGAAGAGGAGGAAGAUAAAGUAGAACCUCGAAAGGAGGAGACAGUCUUAGAAGAACCUAUUGAGAAAGAUUCAUCUUCUUCUUCGAGUUCAGAGUCAACUUCAAGUUCUGAGAGUGAUAGUGAUGAUAUAACUCCAGAGGUUAAAGAGCAAGAUGAAAAAUCGGAAGAGGAAGAAGGAGUGAGUAAUGAAAACAACAACAACAAUACGGAAGAAGUUAAUCGUUCAGAAGCAAUUGUCGUAUCUCAGAACGUAAUCACGACAGUGGAAACAAAGUCUGUUCGUGUUGAGGAUGUUGUGAUACCACGAGAAGAUAACGAAGUUCAUAGAGUUGCUCUCACUGCCGAUGGAGAAAACAAUGUGACAGUGACAGAAACUCCUCGAUCGAGCUCAAGUUCGUCAUCUUCUUCGUCAUCGUCAUCAUCAAAAAGUAGUUCUAGUUCGAGUGACUCCGAACCUGAGCCAGAACCAGAAGAGGAUACGCAGACUUCAAUUACAAAUGGAUUCAAGCCACCAAUUGUUAAGACGGAAGCAGUCUAUGUGGAACCGACUGAAGAAGAAAAACCAGAAGUUACGACUAUGCCACCUGUAGUUCACACUGAAACAAAGACAAUCACUUAUGAAUCAAACUUUCAUCAACCGGAUGUCAUAGAAACUGGAAAUGAUGUUCAACUUCUCAGUAGCCAAACUAUAACUUCAGAGACGUUGUCAUCGGUAACCACAACACAUAUCACCAAGACUGUUGUCGGAAGCGUGAGUGAAACCAGAGUAGAAAAGAGUAUUGUACUCACUGCCGAUGGAGAUGCUGAUUUGCAUGAGGCCGUGGCGAGAGCUAUGAAAGACACACAAGAAAGUGACCCUAAUGUGAGCAUUACCAAGGUCGUAGUUCACGAGGAGAAGGUCGUCGAGAACUCUUAAAGGAAUUGGAAGGUGCUGCAGCUGGAAAUUGGUGCAUCAUAGCUUAGAAAUCAAGCAUGGCCAAGUUAAAUCGAUUUCAUAUUUGAAGAAUUUAUGCAUUAUUUGCACGCCUGUCCCUUUUGGGUCAAAUAUCAUACCAAAUAUGCCACUACGUGGGGUUUAUUAUUCACCCCACUCACUCUUUCAUUGUGUUUUUUAGCAUUUUUUGGUGAAAUCGAAUUUGCGUAAAUUUUUGACCAAGCAGUUUUUUUCGGUUUUUAUUAGAAAUCAUAUUUUUGUGUAGAAUAGCUUUUAAUGAUCUGAUUUAAAUUUUUUUUCUUAAUUUUUGCUAACGCAGACAGUACAAUUGACAAUUUCAUAAUAAUUUGCUUUUUUGAGAGUAAAGUCCAAUUAGGUAUUUUGUCCAAAAAACAUUACUUAUAUACUGUCGAAAUUUUGUUGAAAUAGAGCAAAUUUUGGCAAAAUAGCCAUUGCGUUUUUAGGAAAAAAUUAUUUCAUCAUUCUUAAAUAUAAAUUUAUUCCUUUUUCUGAACUAGAUGUCUUUUCUCAGAAAUAUGAUACACUUUUUUGCAUGGAACAAUUUCCAAAGUUAUUUUUUUUAAAUUUCUGUGAUGUUUUAGGGCUUGAUUUACAAAAAAAAGUUGUAGGUUUUUAUAUUGGAUUAUAAAACCAUUAACCCACUAUGAAUCAAAUUUUUCAAGUUAAAAAAAAAUGUUUUGGGGCUUUCAGCAUCACUUUUUGGUUGUGUAGGCAAAGUCGUUUUUUUCCAAAUCUGAUAGUUUUUUUCAUUAUGCUUAAUCACAAUCUGAACAUCCCUAACGAUGGGAUUUAUACUUAAUUUAAAAUUGAUAUUGCAUAAUUAAUUAGGAUUGUUCGCUUAUUACAACAAGCCUACUGCUUAUUUGUAUCUUGCGCUUGCUUUUGCAUUAAAAUCAAGAUAAUUACAACAAUGCUUAAGUGAUAUU